AUGACCACUUUCGUUCCCCUUUCUCAGGAUACCGAGGGAGCAGUUAGUUCAGCUUCCCUGGGUGACUGGGUUCUUGGGAUUCUCAAGGUCAGAUGUCCCAGUAAGACCUCAACUUACUACGCCCAGCUCCUGGACCAGUUCCAGGAAGUCGAAGGCGAGCAAAUUAUUAAGGAAUCGUUCCAGCUUUUUGAGCUUCUGCUCAGCGAACACCUGACAGUUUUUGAGUUUCUGGAAGAAUCUAAAAAUAACGGCACCACUGUUAUGCUUUCAGUUGAUCCCACCUCGAAAGCAGAAUCUGAAGUGAGAGUUAAGUAUAGUGACGCACUGAAGCAGGUCGAAGAGUACUUUACAGUUCUGAUGUACAUGCUGCAGCUGAGGUUUACAAGCUCAGGCCAGAUCGAGAAGGCAGGACACCUUCUGAUGAAGGCAAUCCAGGGCGGAGAAAGCUUCUUGGAGCUCAGACUCCGACUUCUCCAGAUGCUCUACAACUCCGUGGAGUCGACACUUCCACUCAGAGUCGACGUCUACAUUGCUAUACUUGAGUUCGCAUCCAAACAUAAUAUAUUCCACACACUCGUGCCCAUAGUUAAAGAGGUAGAUGAGUGGAUGGUCGACUGGUCUAUAGAUAAGAAGACUAAGAUUAAAAUAUACCACAUAAUUGCUGAGGAGCUUGACAAACUUAACAGAGCUGAUCUUGCCUACAAGUUCUGGAAAAAGCGAGUUGAAUGUCUCAACGAACCGGAUCUAUUCACCACAGAUGAGAAUGUAAUGGCUACAGUAACGUUCGUAGUUCGUAGUUUGAGGUCUGAGGACAUAUUGUACUUUGACCAGCUGUUGCUUAUGCCAGCAGUGGCUCACCUGAAGGAGACGAGAUAUGCGCCCCUGAUAAGUCUGUUGGAGAUUUUCAUCAGGGGGAAUUUGGAGGAUUUGGACCUCUUUUUGAAGGAGAACGCUGACUUUGUAAGUGAACUUAAGCUUGACAGGAAACCAUUGGUGGAGAAGUUGACGCUUUUAACAAUCAGUACAAUGUGUCAGCAGCAGUCUGAAAUACCUAUUGAGAUGAUUGAAAAGAACCUUCAGCUCCCUCCUGAGGAGGCUGAGCAGAUGAUAGUCAACGCCAUAAACAAGGGCGUCAUGGAGGCUUUGAUAGACCAGAACAGCAAGAAGGUGAUAAUUAACCACGUGGUACAUCGCGAGUUCGGCAACGAGGAACUAAAACAGCUUUAUAAUAAUUUGAAGCAGUGGCGAAACUGCAUCAACACUCUAAUAAACAUUGUAGAUAAUAAAUCAUUAAAUUCAGCCUAA